CUACUUUGCGUUCGGUUACUGACAUUCACUGACGUUGUUGAAAUCUACAAUCCAACUCGUGCAAAGGACAUUUCCUUCCGUCAGACGUUUGACAAAAAUAUUUUUAUCGUUCCAUGGGAAAAUAUUGCAGUUUGUUUCGUUAUACAGUGUCUCGAUUGCGUGUAGCGUGUAUCUCGCGGCGCAGUAAACUCGGUUUUUAGUUAACUAAAUUGUUUGCUUGUUUAUUUGUAAAGACGCAUUAACAAUGUCUGUAGAGGAGAAAUCUGGUUCCGAUGCGCGUAGUGGUAGUGCGAAUUCAUUGGUUGUACACGGGGAUGAUGAGAACGCGAAGACUUGUUGGGUGUGCUUUGCGACGGAGGCGGACGAUCGGCUGGCGGCGUGGGUUCAACCUUGCAAGUGCAAAGGAACUACGAAAUGGGUCCAUCAGAGCUGCCUCCAGCGGUGGGUUGACGAGAAACAGCGCGGCAACAUUACCAGAAAAGUCCUGUGUCCUCAGUGCAAAGCGGAGUACAUUGUAGUAUUCCCUUCUAUGGGGGCGUUUGUGGCACUAUUAGACGCUAUGGAAGAAAUCACACACAAGAUCUGCCCCUUCAUAGCGGGAGGAGUGCUACUGGGAUCGAUAUAUUGGAUUGCUAUCACUUAUGGAGCCGUCACUGUAAUGCAGGUGGUCGGCCACCGCGAGGGUUUGGAAAUGAUGGAGUCCGCAGACCCUCUAGUUUUGCUGGUGCUGCUCCCCACGAUACCUGUGACGCUCAUCAGCGCCAAGAUGUACAACUGGGAGGACUCCGUCCUGCUGUUCUUGAGGAAGUACUGCGCGAAGAUACCGGCCCUGUCUUACAUACUACCGUUUGGAAACGUGGAAGGUGACCGAGGCGCCAUCGUCUCCGGGCCGUCAAAUCCCGCCAAUGCCAACUCCGGCUCCCAUCUCUCACCGACAAGAAUAUUCUGCUCUGCGCUGCUCCUGCCAACCAUCUCCACAAUCAUAGGCAAAAUCUUCUUCCGCUCCAUACAAAACAAUCUCCACAGAACUAUACUAGGAGGCCUCACCUACAUAACUAUCAAAGGAGCGCUCAAAAUCUACCACAAACAAAUGCUAUACAUCAGGCAUUCGAGCAGGAAAAUUCUAGAUUAUACUGAAACGAAUUUAAAGCUGUAUAGAACCCUUACAACGGCUCCUAGUGGAGACACGGUCGCCAGUUCAAGAGACGAAUCGGAACAGGUUGUAUAAACACAUUAAUUUGUACGUGAUGACGCGUAUCUAAGGUACAAGAAUUUUGUAUCAGUUUUGAAAUCGAUACCUCUUUUAUACGGUUUUAGAUCUCGAUACGGGUGAAGACCGUAUUUGUAAUUACGUAAAGACUAUUUUCGUAUAGUGGACGUUAUCUUAGUAUAAUCGUAAUUGAAAAGUUAUGUUCUGUUGAAGUAUACUAUAAACGUCCUUAUAGAACAUAGCGUUUUAUGAGUAAUAACAGGUCCUUUUCAUACUAAGCUAUUUAGACAGAGAUGGUGUUAUCCAUGAUAAACUAGUAUGCGCUAGAUUUUCAAUUGAUAAUGCUAAGACUAGAUUAUCAGUCAGUGUCUUGAACACAUAAUAUUAUUUUUUCUUAAACUUAAAUUCAUGUAUCAUUUUUAAAUGUAUUUAAUUCGAAGGGUUAGCAACUUAACUAACCAAUGCCCUGACUUUAAGUUUGUUACAAACUUAUGAACUCAAACUAACGUGUUUGAUAUUAUAAUGGAGACGGCUAUGGAUUUAUUUUUUAUUGUAAUUUACCUAAAAUGGAUUGAACCUAAUAUAUUAAGAGGUUAUUGAGGAUAGUUGUCUAGUUUAACCCUUUGAAAGCCACGCCUUCCGUGUGCAGCGCAUCAUCAAGAACCUUGUCGGAAUGCACGAAGGUUCAUAUUGGACUGUAGACGCGAGCGUCAGUUCACUUCUAUAGCGGUCAAAGGGUUAGAAAAGUCAUGAUCGGAUUCAUUGUUGGUGCAUAUAAAUUUGAGAGUAAGUGUCUGACUCGCGUGGCAUUUUAUACAUUGUUUAGGCUAGUGUAUGCACAGAUUAAUGUCUACAUAAUAAAUGGAAUGGUACUUUCUGUGCCUUUUGACUCAAGAUUAAGUCGAUAUGCCAAACUUUCGAUAGGUAUUUUGUACGUUUUGGUUUUCUUUGUAUUUGUCAUAGUUAUCAUAGAAAACCUUAUUUCAAUGCGAUAAGGUCUUCUAAUGUACACUUGUAGUAGUAAAAAAAUCUUGAAAAGCUGUGAAUGUUGCCGUGUUUUACCGUACGCCGGCAUUUAUUUGUGGCAGCACAUACGAUGUAAAAUAAUUCUAAAUGCUUUAUAAUACAGUUCAGAUUAACUUAACGAGAACCACGACGGCGGGUCCACACAGAGAGAGCAGCCUCGCGAGGAAAUUUCCUCGCGCGGCAAACGCCCGGCUUCGCACGGCCGCGUGCUCGUGUAACUUUUGCCUCAGCCGAGCCAAUUUGCUUGGCAAGAUGGCAUCACUAGGCAAGUCUACACUGGUCGUUUUGUGCGCGAGGAAAUUGCGUGGACCCGCAUAGCCACUCAUGUGCUUUAGGUAACUGUAGUUACCAGCUGUCACACUUAUUCUAUUAUAGGGAGCGUGCAUGAACUAUAGGAGGCAGCACAGGAGCCGUCAGAUUUUUGACGCGAGGCGUAAAUGUGAUGUUUUUUGUUCCGAUGUAGCCCACAAGAUGGCAGAACCUACUAUGCACAAGAAAACACUUGACGUGUAAAUGUGCCUGUUUAUGGUUCCGAUUCAGACCACAAGAUGGCAGAUCCUCCAACGCGCGCGGUCCCUAUAAUAAUAGAAGUCACUAAAAAUUUCAAGCACCUGCUAAUAAGUUCUGUGGUCUUAUUCCGUGUUCGCCUGGGUCACUUUUUAAAUCUUAGUUUUAUGAAAUUUUAAUUAAUGAGCCAUCUACCUCGAACGAUACUAUAAUGAGGUGCAAGAGUUCUUGUAACAAACUCUGCUACCGUUGUCGCCUGGCUGACGGUACACAACGACAAGAAAAAAAUAAACCAUGUAUGAACUUUUGUAUUUAAGUCUCUAGAAUUGACACAAAAAACCAAACAAUAUAAAUAUAAUGUGAAUAAAAUGUAACAGGUUAAAUGUUCCGCUUAGAUAAAUUAGGCUGGUGAUAAAGUCGUGGUUAUACGAUAAACGAGUGAGUGCCUUGGGAUGAAACUAAGUAGGGACAGGUAUUGUACAAAUGUACAUAAAUUAUUAUAACUAUUGGAUUCGUGAUCCAAGUUACGUUUAAAUCAGUGACAUAACAUCACAUUGUCGCUAUACGGAGCUCUUCUACACAAAAGAUAAGAAAUGUAAUAAUUUUUGGCAAUAAAAAGACAAAAGUAUUAUUCGAGGAUUAAUGACCUCAAAAAAAACAUUUAUCAAUGUAAAUAAACACUUAAAACCAAGAUAUGAAAAUAAAUAAAAACUACACGUGUUUAGACUUAACACUUAUUAUUUAUAUAUUCUUGCACAAAAAAUAUUAAGUACAAAUGGUGGACUUAAUGCCUUAAGGCAUUCUCUACCAGUCAACCACUGGGUCAAAAGGAGACGUUUGUUAGGCGCAGACUUGAGAAUAAUUAACCGAUAUCACUACCUACUAUUUACAAAUUAAAUAAAUAAAUAUAUAUUUACAUAUAGAUAACUGGAGUUGCGAGCGCCCAUAGGCUGCGGUGGCUGCUUAACAUCAGAUGGUCCGCAUGCUUGCUUGCCACCGUGGUAUAAAAAACAGAUCAAACUUUUGCAGCUUUAUGUCCUAACUAUUAUGUUUCUAAUAAAUUAUAAAAUUCUUUGCUUAAACCACUUUUAAACUAUUGUGAUGUAUUUUGAGUAUAAUAACGUUUUUUUUUAUGUAACAUAAAGAGCUAAAAAACGUAAAUGUCAAUUGGAUCAUGAAUGAAAUAGAUGUAAAAUAUUUAGUAAAUAAAUAUAAUGAUUUUCAGGUAAAUUAGGGACGCUAAGCACGAAGGAUUUCGUACAUUGACCCGUCUGUUGCUAUCUCCAUCGCACGCGCAUAAUUAUAUUGUUGCGCAUAAUUAAUAUAAUUAAACGCGUGCGAUAGAGAUAGCAACAGGCGGGUCAAUGUACGAAAUUCUUCGAGCUUAGCGUCCUUAAUUUACUAUUCCAAACCAUUUUAACUUUGUUUAAUGAUUUACUGCCUAUUAAAUACUUUUUAAUGUGUAAUAUGUACUUGUAAAUAUUUAGUAGCGUACUUUUAUAUUUUAAUUAUUGUUUCUUAAAUCGAAGACUAUGUUUUUGGGUUUUAUCAAUUUCUGUAUAUAAAAUGCUAGUUGGUCUAAAUAUUGAAAUGAAAUGCUAUAACACAUAUCCCAUAAAUUGGAAUAAAAUCAUGAAAUAGAUAUGACCACCUCUUAGGUGCUAUGUAGCCAGAAAAAAAAAUUGAAAUAAAAGCAUUAAUGUAGAGACACAGUUUUUGUUUCAUUAUACUUCUGGAGUUGAUUAAACAACUUAGAUUAUUAUUAGAAUCAUUGUAAUUACAGUUUAUACAUUCUUGCCAAUCGGUAGCUUUUGUAGGUUACGACGUAUGCCCAAUUGCCCAUCGUGGUGAAUUUCCACGCUUGACUAGUUUCGUUAAAUCAAAGAUUCACUGACAACAUUAGAUGUGUAAAGUCGCUGUUAGUAGUGUUGGUUCAGACUCGAGUCCUUUGAGUCCUCUGCUUUAAGACUCGACUCAGUUUUUCAGACUCUUAUAAUUAAGACGAAACUCGAGUUUUUUUCAACUUAUUAGAGUCCCGAGUCUUUUGUAGAGACUUGAGUCCUUUUCGGAGAACUUGUAUUUUUUUACAAAUAACUUCAAAAAAGACUCAACUCGGGACUUAAAAUACUCAGAAGGUUUUUAAGCCCUUGAAUCUCGUAAAAACAAGUCAAGUUCUUCAAUUUAGACUCAAAAGACUUGAGUUCCUACCAACACUAGCUGUUAGGGUGUCGGCUCUGCUGACGUGUCGACGUCUUUUUGCUUUUAUUGCAUAGACAAAGUAUUUUUUAUCGGUUAUUGCCGAUUCCGCGUCUAUAGGGAGCGUGCAUGAACUGUAGGAGGCAGCACAGGAGCCGUCAGAUUUUUGGCGCGAGGCGUAAAUGUGAUGUUUAUUGUUCCGAUGUAGCCCACAAGAUGGCAGAACCUACUAUGCACAAGAAAACACGUGACAUGUAAAUGUACAUGUUUAUGGAUCCGAUUCAGGCCACAAGAUGGCAGACCCUCCAACGCGCACGGUCCCUAUGGUAGAUCCACAGCCCGAUUCGAACUUAAAGAUACGUCAAAAAUUUCCUUAAGAUACGAUAUGGAUUGCAUGUCAGUGUCAAAAGUGACGUUGCGUUUGAAGAAACGUCAUUUUUGACACUGACAUACAUUACCGGCCAAUAAUAUAUCACCUUUGUGUGUUUUUGUAUGAACUUGUAUAGAGUAAACAUGACAGGUUAGUUUGUAGAUUGCAUUUACUAGUCAUUUUAUACAAAUAUACGAUGAAUAGUGCAAUGAAAUACUAUGAAUUAUAAUACGAGUCUUAGCAUAUUACUUAAAAAGAUAUAAUAAAAAAUGUAGUUAACUAUACGUUAAAAUAAAAUAAAACUUCUAUGAAAAAACCAUUACAUGAGACCUAUUUUUCUCAUCGCUCGUACAAAGGAAUACUUCUAGACUACGUAAAGUAGUCAGGUGGAAGUCACUCACAAACAUACAAAAAUAGACCUUAAAAACAGAGGUGAUAUAUUAUUGGCCGGUACUGUAUCUAAUCCAUAUCAUAUAUUUAGCAAAUGUUUGACGUAUUUUAAAGUUCGAAUCGGACUGCGAGACGAUUCUCGAACCGCAACCUUAGUUUUGAUUGUAUAAGAUUUUGAUAGCCUUAGACGCGCUUGUGUGGUGGAUUGAGAUGGAUUAAAGUUCCUGGAAGAGCUUGGACAAGCAUGGAAACGCACCACUACACACGAUACAAAUUCACGAAGCAGCUUUCACGAAGUUGAAAGUAAAAUCGUGUCAUAUAGAGGGAGUUUUAUACUUAUUCGAAACGGAGUAAAAGCUAAGUCAAUAGCAUGUAGAAAUGUGUUAUUCUUUUUUUGCGUUAUAUCUUUAAUGAAAUAUUUCAUGAUAAAAAUUUCACAGCGCCCAUAGUAAAAGAGGAGUAGAUUAAUUUAAAAUAUAAUCAAUGGGGUUUUAGCAGAGCGCGGCAGGGACGUUUUAUAGGUCGUUAUAAAUUAGACCUCGUAGUGUAUUUAUAAGGUCUUUAUUAAACUCGAUCUAUAGAUAUAUAAAAAGUGAUUCUAAGUUCUCUCCGCCAGCCGAUGGAUCAGAGGGGGCAAGUUGAUAUUGAUGUGUAAGGUUGAUCUACUUUUUUCUUUUACUAUGUAGUUCUUUAUAUAAUUUGUUUAAAGUUAUUAAUAAGUGGUUCGAAUCGCCUAGUUUUGCUAGAAUACUUAUAUUUUAAUUUCUAAUUUGACAAGUUUGUAAAUACGACGCUUCAUUUAAUAUGUGUACAUUUUAAACCAAUUAUAAAUAUUUGAUUGAGUCUCAA